UUUUUGGGGAGUUUGGGGUUGUUCUGUUUGUUGUCAAUCUUUGUUGCAAUUCAACAUACGUUUGCAGGUAUACUUCCAGAACUGUGUUAGGCAAAAUCUAAUUCCGUUAGAAUCUUUGGUUGACCAUUUUUAACAACUUCAAAAAUGAUGCCUGGCGGUCAGAAGCGUCCCUCAGACGCCCUCGUUCCACUCCAGCAGACCAAGAAAUCCCGUACGGAUCUGGUUGCUUACACUGCCAAGGACAAACAACUCAUGGAACAGCAUAAUGUGGAUCGAACAUCCAACUUGAUGGCUCCGAUCAUGCAGCUCGAAGGACAUGGAGGAGAAAUUUUCUCCACCGAGUUCCAUCCGGAAGGUGCUCACCUGGUGUCAUCCGGUUUCGAUAGGCAGAUCUAUUUAUGGAAUGUUUAUGGCGAAUGCGAGAACGUUGGAGUACUGAGCGGUCAUUCAGGAGCCGUGAUGGAAGUGCAUUUUUCCCCAGACGGUAGUCACCUAUACACAUGCAGCACCGAUAAGUUUGUCGCUGUUUGGGAUGUUCCGACAUGCACCCGAAUCCGUAAACUAAAGGGUCACUCCCACUUUGUUAAUAGCUGCAGUGGAGCAAGACGUGGCCCCACCCUGAUAGUAUCGGGUUCGGAUGACUCGUGCAUCAAAAUUUGGGAUGCUCGAAAGAAGAACGUCAUACACACAUUCGACAAUAGUUACCAAGUCACGGCAGUGUGUUUCAAUGAUACCGCCGAACAGGUCAUUUCCGGUGGAAUCGACAACGAGAUUAAGAUCUGGGAUAUACGCAAAAAAGAUGUUAUUCACAGACUUCGCGGUCAUACCGAUACAAUUACCGGUUUGGCGCUUUCGCCAGAUGGAUCAUACAUUCUAAGUAAUUCAAUGGACAAUACGCUACGAAUUUGGGACGUGCGCCCUUAUGCUCCAGCAGAAAGAUGCGUUAAAGUGUUCCAAGGCAAUCAGCAUAACUUUGAGAAGAAUUUAUUAAGAUGCGCCUGGUCGCCGGAUGGUCUUAAAAUUAGUGCUGGUUCAGCUGAUCGUUUCGUCUACAUUUGGGAUACAACAUCAAGAAGGAUUCUGUACAAGUUGCCAGGCCACAACGGUAGCGUGAACGAUGUAGAUUUUCAUCCCACUGAGCCUGUUAUUCUGUCGGCUUCCAGUGAUAAAACUCUUUACUUGGGAGAGAUCGAAGGUUGAAGGAUUUCUUUCAGUCAAUGGCACGGAUUGGAGACUUUCGCAAUUUAUCAAUCAUUUAAUUUUAACUCUUGUUUAAUGAGAGGAUACACACUAGCGAUUAAGUUCUCUAAACAUGAAUAGAGAGGGUUUGAAAAAAGUC